CCGGGCACAGAGAUUACUUUUAAAAAAAUAAUAAUAAAAUAAAUAGAACAGGAAAGACUCCUAAACCUCUUGGUCCCCCUUGCUAGCUCCCCACCCUCCUUGGGCCCAUCCCUUGGUUCUCCCCACGACAAGCUCUGAAUCCACCAGGCGUUUAUCCUGCCCGAGAGAGAGGCUCUGCUUGCCAGAUGGCCUGUCAUCUAAUCUGAGGCUUCCUCAUUGGAUAAAGGCUUGCCAAGCCCCUUCCUGGUUGCCUCUCGUGGUAAACCUUGCCGAGGCACGGACUCUAGUCCAAUUUCUUGUGCCCAGGAGAGCAAACUUGCUUCAGUGGCAUAGAGCAGGCCACGGUGACUUUCUGCAGGAAGAACAUCCUGGUCCUGGAGGGAGGUCCCCAGAGCCUUUAUCCAGGACCUGGCCACUCUGGAUGGCCCUCCCUGGACCCCAUGCCUGGCUUCAGCCACCUCCUGAACGCUCCAAAGUCUCCCACCCUACCCUGAUUUCCCCACCAAGCUCAGCUCCAAAUGUGGGGUUUACGUAGCCCUGGAGUUGAGCGAGGCCCCGCUCUGGCUUCCUCCGUUGUAAACCCCUCUCAGACACCACAGAGCACUUCCUCAGCCCUGAGACUCCCAGCCUCCUGGGCCUUUGGUCCGAGGUCCCAGGUCCUUGCAUCCCCUCCUCACCCUGUCCCUCCAGACCUUUGAAGUUUUAACCAUUCCCUAGUUUCCUCCAGUAAUUACCUAGGGAUCCCUGACGGUCCUCAUGCCCGAUCCCUUCCACUUCCUGGAGCCUGGGCUGGGCCGCUAAACCCCCUCAACCCUCCUGCCUCGGUCCUCCAUCCCUGCAGGCCUGAGGCCAUGGGAGGGGGCAGGUCAGGUUGUGGAGCCCCUCCUCCUUUUGGCCCUGCCUGCGGAGGGAGGGAUAAAGGUGCACCUGAGGAACCCGCUUGAUUCUCACUAGGGGCUGCCCGCUGGAAUGGACUCCACAGAGGAAGAUGGCAGCCGCCACGGUAGAGAGAGGCCUGGCUCCCAGCGGCCAUGCAGGAAGAAGUCCCAGGUCUGCAGAUACUUCUGGCGAGGUUUCUGCUUCCAUGGAGAUCAAUGCAGCUAUCAGCACCCUCAGCCCCCUGGCCACCUGGAAUGGGGCCGGCACCAUUCGGAGCCAUGUGUCACCCUGCCAAGACCCUGGCUGGGGCUGACCCGCAGGGGCUCUGAGCCUACCUACCUGCCCUCUGUGGCUAUGGGCCGGGACUGGCCCAGGGCCUGCUGGGGCAGGGAGUUUGGCCUGGCAGGGUUGGCCAGCAAGGUCGAUGAGGUUGAAGACUGUUCCUGGAAAUCCUUCUCACCAUCAUCUGCUGAUGGCGAACACAGCUACUCCCAGGAAAAUCAACCCCCGUCAGAUCCAGUGCGGGAGCUCGUGGGCCCACUUCACAGCUUGGACCAGAAGAGGGAGCAGGACAGUCGGGAUAUUGUAUGUGGCAUCUGCAUGGACAAGGUGUGGGACAAGCCAGAGGCUGAGCGGAUGUUUGGCAUCCUGCCCAACUGUAGCCACACCCACUGCCUGGGCUGCCUGCGCACGUGGAGGAAGAGCCAGCAGAACUUCCCGCUGGACGUCAUCAAGGCCUGUCCCCAGUGCCGGGUCCAUUCCAGCUACCUCAUACCCCACAAAUUCUGGGUGAUCAAGGGGGCUGAGAAGGAGCAGCUCAUCAGGAAUUUCAAGGCUCGGACCAGCCAGAUCCGGUGCCGAUUCUUCAUGCAAGGGAAUGGCCACUGCCCCUUCAAGUCUGAUUGCAUUUAUCUGCACCAGCUCCCGGAUGAAGCCCUGACCUCUGAUCCUCCCUGGACUGAGAGUGCUGGGCCCAGCAGCGUUCCCAGGGGGCACCGAGCAGGAAGACGAAGUGUUAUUCAUGGACUGUGCCUUGGCCAUGGCCUUCUGGGGUUCAGAACUCUUACUGGAUUCCCAUGAUUCCUACCUCAGCAUUCUGUAACCAGGAUCAACAUGUGGGGGAUGGGGCUGAGGGGCAGGGAUUGCUAGGUGGUAGGUCUUUUCCCUUUCAGGGCUUGGUGGGGGCUGAAAGGAGCAAACCCUCCGUGCCCAUGGAGCGCAGCAUCAACACAGCUGGGGAGCAAGGGAAGAGGUGGAGGGCUCUUGCAAAGACAAAGCGUUCACUCUCUUGCCAGGGACUUGGUUUUUAACUUUGCUCUUUUGUAAGAUUCUGAAAGAAAACCAAUAAAAUGCAUCU